CGCUCCCGCGCAGCCUCACCGGGGGAGGCAGCAGCGCCGCGCCCCAGCCGCCCGCGGUGAAUAUGGCCCUGGCAGGGAAGCCUUUAGACGCGACUCUCACCACCUCCAGAGCUGACCAAUGGAAUAUGGUUUUUCCCCAGAAAGACGAAAUCAUCACCAGCUUAGUGUCUGCCUUAGACUCCAUGUGCUCAGCGCUCUCCAAGCUAAACGCAGAGGUGGCCUGCAUUGCUGUCCAUGAGGAGAGUGCCUUCGUGGUGGGCACUGAAAAGGGACGGGUCUUCCUCAGCACCCGCAAGGAGCUGCAGGCCGACUUCCAGAAGUUUUGCAGAAUCCAGCAAAGGAAGGAGCAGGACGCAGAGGCACAGAAGAAGGCAAAGGAGUGUGGGCGAAGGGUGCUCAGGAUCUCCCCGGACCAGGGAUCAGACGUGUACCUCCUCAGGAAGAUGGUAGAGGAAGUGUUUGAUGUGCUUUAUAGUGAAGCCAUGGGGAAGAGCACUGUGGUCCCUUUGCCGUACGAGAGGCUCCUGAAAGAGCCGGGCUCACUUGCAGUUGCCGGCUUGCCUGAAGGGGUCAGCUUUAAGAAACCCAUGGAGUACGAUGUGAAAUCCCUGAUGGCCAUCCUAGAACACAGCCACAGCAUCCGCUUCAGGCUUAAAAGGCCAGCAGAUGAGCCCAGCCGAGAGCCCAACCCCAGCGUUGAGUUAACUUGUUCCUCCCUCGCCUCCAAGGGCAGCCGAGACUCCGGUGCCAACGGCCCCAUGGCCAAGCCUGCCACCCAGGACACCCCCUCCACCAUUGCUGUCACCAACUUCCUAUACAGCGUCUCGCUGCCCACUCCUGUCGCCGUUGACCUCAAGCAGGAGGUGUCCUCGGGGCUGCCUGGGCCGACCGCGGUGGGCGAGGCUCUGCUGGCCCGGCCGGCAGGAGAGCUGAAGGUGCCUUCCUCACAGGAGUACAGCGACUGCUGUGGACAGAAAUCAUCGAUCUCUGGAGGUCCCCUCAUCCAGAAUGUGCACUCAUCCAAGCGCAUCCUCUUCUCCAUCGUACACGACAAGACAGAUAAGUGGGACAGUUUUAUAAAAGAAACUGAAGAUAUCAACACCCUUAGGGAGUGCGUACAAAUUCUGUUUAACAGCAGAUAUGCUGAAGCCUUGGGGUUAGACCACAUGGUCCCUGUCCCAUACCGGAAGAUUGCCUGUGACCCUGAGGCAGUGGAGAUCAUCGGCAUCCCGGACAAAAUACCCUUCAAAAGACCUUGCACCUAUGGUGUCCCCAAACUCAAGCGGAUAUUGGAGGAGAGGCACAACAUCCAUUUUGUUAUCAAAAGGAUGUUCGAUGAGAGAAUUUUUACAGGAAGCAAAUUUACCAAAGAUCCAACCAAGCUGGAACCCUCCAGCCCCCCCCGGGAGAUUUCCCCUGAGCCACACCGCGGGGCUGUGCUGGACCUGGCGGGGACCUCUCAGGCCAACAGCAGGUCUGAGAAGUGUAGUGUUUCUGAAAGCUGUGAACCAGGUACCUCAGGAGAGCUAGGUGGGAUCAGGCAGAUCAAAAUCGAACCAGACGAGCUGGACAUCAUCCAGAUCACCGUACCAGACCGAUCACCUGGUUUAGAUGAGAUGCACGACCCAGUGCCCACACAGGUGGCCUCUGAGGAGCCGAGCUACAUCCUGGAAACAGUAGCAGAGGCAGAGAAGGGGCCAAGUGAGGAGUCUCGACAUGAAGAAAGGCAGAUGCAGGGAUCAGAUGGUAUUGGGGAUGUUUUAAGUCAUUUGAGGAAACAAGUUGAAAUUCUGUUCAACUCACGAUACGCGAAAGCCAUAGGAAUAUCAGAGCCGGUCAAAGUCCCCUACUCCAAGUUCCUGAUGUACCCUGAGGACUUGUUUGUUGUGGGCUUGCCAGAAGGCAUCCUACUGCGCCGCCCCAACUGCUUCGGGAUUGCAAAGCUGAAGAAGAUCCUGCAAGCAAGCAACAACAUCCAGUUUGUCAUUAAAAGACCUGAGCUGCUGGCAGAGGGCAUAAAGGAGCCAGCGUCGGACAGUCCAGCAGCCAAAGCCGCCAGCGAGAGGGACUCGAGCGAGGUGCUGAUGGAGGACGCUGUGAAGAGACAGGGCUUUCAAGAAAAUUAUGAUGCCAGGCUUUCCAGAAUAGACAUUGCUAACACGCUGCGGGAACAAGUCCAGGACCUGUUCAAUAAGAAAUACGGUGAGGCCUUGGGGAUUAAAUACCCUGUGCAAGUGCCAUACAAGCGGAUCAAGAGCAAUCCAGGGUCAGUGAUUAUAGAGGGACUGCCCCCUGGGAUCCCCUUCCGGAAGCCCUGCACCUUCGGCUCACAAAACCUGGAGAGGAUACUAGCUGUUGCUGAUAAAAUCAAGUUCACUGUGACGAGGCCUUUUCAAGGACUUAUCCCCAAACCCGCCCCUAGACGGAUAACAUCCUUGGAAAAAGCGUACGCUGCCUUGAAUGAUGAGGAUGAUGCCAACAGGCUCGGAGAGAAGGUGAUUCUCCGAGAGCAAGUGAAAGAGCUUUUCAAUGAAAAAUACGGAGAGGCUCUGGGCUUGAACCGGCCUGUCAUGGUGCCCUAUAAACUCAUCAGGGACAGUCCUGAUGCCGUGGAGGUUACUGGGUUGCCAGACGAUAUCCCGUUCAGAAAUCCCAAUACCUAUGACAUUCAUCGGCUGGAGAAGAUCUUGAAGGCACGGGAGAGCAUUCGGAUGGUGAUUAUAAACCAGCUCCAGCCAUUUGCUGAAAUCUGCCCCGAGGUCAAACAAACAGAGAAAGACAUCAGUGUUCCCAAACGGAAGCGGAAGAGGAUCUCUGAAGGAAACUUGGUAUCUUCCUCUUCCUCGUCUUCCUCUUCCUCCUCUUCCAAUAUGGAGUCUACAUCAUCAACAAAUCAGAUCUCACUUGUGCAAUGGCCCAUGAACAUGUACAUGUUAGACUAUGGUGGUCUAAACGUCCAGAUCCCAGGACCUAUUAACUAUUAGACCUCAAUACCGAAUAAGAACCUCAAAUGAGAGAAUAAAUAAAUAAAUAAAUAAAUGUAAUUUAUGUAAAAAGUGUAUAUUCCAAUAUGUAUCAAUGCCUUUUAGUUUUUCCAAUGAUUUUUACACUAUAUUCCUGCCAUCAAGGCCUUUUUAAAUAAAAAUAAAAAGUGUUGCCUUGCUCUUAAAA